AAAGGAGAAAAUUUCCCUGUUAGCUGUCCAAAGCACUCACAUUCGACACACUUUUGCACACCAUGCAAGUACAAAUGUAAUGACAUCAUUAAAACCUGUAAAUAGGUAACAUAUUGUGGUGAAAAUAGUGGGAUAUUCUCCAUAGGUUUUAAAAAAAACUUAAUAGGCUGCCUGCUCACUCAGGCCAAAGCAACAGAUUCAUUCUUUUAUUAUUAUUAUUUUUUAUUAUUUAAAAUGCCGUUAUUAAAUAGACCGAUAGCAAUUUAUACAUAAAAUGUUUCAGAAUUAUUCCAAACUGUGGAAAAAAGCAGGAUAUAAUAACAUUUUAUGGUAAUAAGUAGAAGUAAUGUCAUGGUUAAUUUACAUAUUCAUUAGAAUAUUCAUUUAAAAAUGUCUUACUUUAUAUUAAAUGCUGUAGGCUAGUUCUCCAUACAUGAGUAUGUAUUUGUAUAAGUCCGGAUUAAUGAUGUACCUGAUGAACUGGCACCUUUUAUGAGGUUAUAAAUUAGAAUAUGCGGGUCAUUUAACGGACGGAUAAGGAUUUGUUCAGUCUGUCAAGUUGACUGCUCUGGUAAGGGCACCAGUAAGACAGAUCCCAGCACAGAGACCCCACUGCGUAAAAAUACAUAAAGAAACAGAAACUAAAAGACUAAAGUCACCUCAUCACCCUGUUCCCUGUUUACAUGAGAUACAUUGUACGGUGAAAUAGUAUUGGCUGUUGAACGACACAGAAAUAAAGCUCAGGUGCUGUUAUGGGAAAAUAGACAAGGGGCGUGGCCUCACGCGCACAAUCAAGGCUUUGAGUCAGCACAGGUGAGCUAUUCACGCGCCCUGGUGACAGCUGAGCUCGAGAGGAUACACAGGCAGUUCAGUCACUGCUGUCUGAGACGCCAAGGACAUUUCUUCUUCAUUUCUAGUGUCUUUAUGUGUUUGGGAACAGAACUUCGAAGUUAUCUGACUUUUCUCGGUUACUCUUGAGUUCUUGAGCUACUCGAGCUGUUUAAUUAAAAUGACGUGGCUGGAUGAAUUUGGGAGAUUAUGCGCAGUUUUUCUGGCCAUUUUACUUGGCUUUUCUUUUCGAGGCACUUACUGUGAGCUGGUGGUUUCUAAUGUUGGCCCUUCUCUGGUGAAUGCUGUUGCUGGCACCGAUGUGACUCUGACUGUGUCCUUCAGCGGUGCCCCUGACCCAGUGGUUACCUGGUCAAUGGGAGAUUUACCUGUCCUCACAUGGACUAUUGACUCAUCUAUUCCCCCAGACAUAGACGACAGCAGAAAGGAGGUGCUGAGGAUUGAGCCAAAUGGUUCACUUACUUUGGUAAAAGUACCACUAAAUUAUUCCAGUAUGUACACCGUUGAAAUGACUAAGUCUGGACUGGGAAAAACCUCGACUACUUUCACUCUGAAAGUAUUUGAAAAAAUCCAAAAUGUGAUUCUGAGUGCGAAGCCUGAUUUGGCCAUAGAGGGAACUGAUGAGUUCACCCUGCAGUACAGCAUGCUCCACGGAGUGGUCGAGCAAGAGAAGUGGUUCUUCAAUGACAAAGAAAUAAAUAAUGGCUCGCAGUACUCGGUGAGGGAGAAGAGCCUUGUGAUCCUCCGGCCAGACCGAACAGACACAGGAGAGUACACGGUGUCACUGGCGAACCCCUUCAGUAAUGUGACAGCUCGCAUGCAUGUCACUGUGCUGUAUGGACCAGAUGAGCCCAUACUUGAGGUCCAACCAGCACAGCCUUUCUAUGUAUUAGGAGACUCCCUGAAACUCUCCUGCUCAGCUGAGGGGUCCCCACAGCCAACUGUUGAGUGGACCUUUGACAGUCAGACCCUUAACAGUUCCACAAAUGGAGUCCUAAAUCUAGCAAAUGUACAGCCCAGUCAAGGAGGCGUUUAUAUAUGCAAGCUGCGCAAUAACAAGACUAAUGAACAGCGCCAAAAGAACACGACGUUAGCAAUUUAUGAGAGGCCGUCAGGAAACCUGGUGUGCUCUGUGCUGUCUGUAAAUAACAUCGACCUGCAGUACCUCUGUCAGUGGUUGGGGGGAACCCCACAGGCCCAGCUUUCUAUGCCGGUGCUAAACAACACCGGCAGUGGAGCAGGGAGCUUCAGCCUCACUCUCAAUGCCUCGGAUAACCUCGACGGGAAAACUGUCACGUGCAUUGCAGACCACCCAACUGAACAAAAUAAGUGCAAUAUCACUGCAAGUAGUCCAAGGGUGUUCCUGCCAGCUGUGAGAACCACAGUUGACUUUGAGGGCAAAAUAGUGGUCACCAUCAACUGUGUCAGUGAGGCCUCGCCUAAGGCUGUGGUGUCAUGGUCCAAAGGCAGCGAGGCUGUCACCAUCGGCACAACGUACCAGAUCAGAAAUGACACAACACAGCUUGAGAUUCGGUAUUACAAUGUCAGCAACUUUCUUCUUCAAAACUACACUUGCACCUGCCGCAACCCACUAGGCAGCCAGAGAAGGGGAAUUCAGUUGAUGGGUCCGUCGAUCUCAGAUUCCAGUUUGUUCCCUAAUCAAGAUGGAACCAUCAUCACAUUGACCUGGGAGGUCCCGCCUACCUCUGUUGUAACAGGCUUUGACAUCCAGAUGAAAGGACCAGCCCUCCAGAGCAAAAAUCGUAAUGCCACCCUAACAAGAAGCAGCUCACAAAGCUUUAAGACGAUCCAGCAGAAACCUGGAUCUGCCAGGAAUGCAGACAUCUUCCCCCUUGAUCCCAACUUGACGUACAGGUUUCGGAUAAUCCCCAAAGCUCUAAUGACUGAAGGAGAGCCAACUGAGGCCCACAGAAUUGGUCCAGGUGACGGGCUGAGUGGAUCUGCCAUUGCUGGCAUUGCAGCUGGAAUCCCCUGCAGCCUUCUCUUCCUGCUGCUGCUGGGAGGCAGCAUCUACCUCUGUGUCAACUGGAACAAGAACAAAAGUCGACAGACAAGAUAUCCAGUGGCCAGAGCAGUAGAGAAGACAAUAACAACCCAAACAGACUCAACUCCUCAUAACCUGCUGACAGGAGGGCUGAAGUCUCCCCCUGAUUACAACCGAUUACAGCAGACUCCCUCUGAGAGAUCAGUGGCUCUCCCUAGCUUUGUCCCUCCUCCGCCUGUCAGAGUUGCUACAACUGUCUAAACUCCAAAAUUAGCUUUCUCUAUGUUUAAUUUGUACAGCAUGCUAUGUUGUUUGUUUUUAUUUAAUGUAUGAGAUUUUCUACAUUUUGUAUCAUUAUUUUAACAAAAAUAAGUUUCAGUUUCACAAAUGUAUUUUAAUUGAGAUGAAUAUUUGUAUCACUUUCCUGUAUAAUCUGCAAUGUAAAACCCCAUGUUGUGGUAUUUAUUACUAAUAAAUCAAAGUAUAAGGCA